GAAAUUCUACUGGAUAAUAACAUCCGGUUAAAAAAAUGUGCGAGACACGAGAAACAAAAUCAUAAACUUAAGAUGGUGAGAAAACUAAAGUUUCACGAGAAGAAAUUGCUAAAGAAAGUUGAUUUCAUAUCAUGGGAGGUCGAUAACAACUUACAUGAGGUUAAAAUACUGAAGAAAUACUUCAUUCAGAAGAGAGAGGAUUACACAAAAUACAAUAAACUCUCAAGACAUGUACGGGAGUUAGCCAAGAAAAUUAAGGAGCUGGAUCAGAAGGACCCCUUUAGAAUGGAGGCCACCUCUCAGCUGCUGGAGAAAUUGUACAAUAUGGGUCUAACAGAAACCAAAAGAAGCCUGGAACUGGCCGACAGAGUGAAUGCCACCUCCUUCUGCAGGAGAAGGUUACCUGUGUUGAUGGUGAAAAGCCACAUGGCACAAACUCUAAAGGCAGCCACAACAUUUAUUGAACAGGGUCACAUUAGAGUUGGUCCAGAAGUUGUCAAGGAUCCAGCAUUUUUAGUUACAAGGAACAUGGAGGACUUUGUUACAUGGACAGACACGUCAGCCAUUAGGAAACAUGUUCUGGACUACAACGAAAUGAGAGACGAUUUUGAUCUGAUGAGUUAAUGCCGGUACGAUUUGUUCCUAAUUGUAUAAUUAUUUGUAAAUAAAUCUCAUUUGUUACA